AUGGUGAUGAAACAUGGCUUUCGGACCUUUGAUGACUGGGGGAUGGUUAUGGAUCGCUGGAUGGAGUUCCCUCCAUCAGACUUCUUAAAGAAAGCAUCAGUGUGGAUUCGUCUACAUAAGCUACCGGUGAACUAUCUUACACUAAAAACCAUUAGGGCUGUCUCAAACCCAAUUGGUCAUGUGAAAGAUAUCGAGUUUGACCCGGAGAAACCUCAUCUCCAAGAGUACAUUAGAGUGAGGAUCAUUUUGGAUCUCCAACAGCCUGUGCGAGACACAAAGCUAUUGAAUCUACCUAAUGGAGGGAGUACUACGGUAGACGUGGAGUAUGAAAGGGUUCGAAAGAAAUGUUUUCACUGUCUCAGACUGUCACAUGAGAAACAGAGGUGUCCUCUUUAUCAAGGUCUCAAGAACAAAAGUGGGAACGCAUGUGACAAAGGGAAAGGAAUUGCAAUAACCCCCCUGGUGCACCGUCAACACCACCCUGACUUGGUGGGCACGCUAAUGCCACUCUUGUCUACACCAACAGCCCCUCCUGGCUUUGCACCGUGA